AUGGCGGAUUUGAGGCAUCUAGGAUCAUUAGUGGUGUGCCUCGUCUGUCUGUGCAGAUUGAGCCAACAGGUGAACUUCCCGCCCCGGAUCAGAAAUGUGCCUCGCGGGACGUCCAUCAGUGUGAGAGAAGAUGCCAGAGUUGGCGAGGCCGUCUUCAACUUGUUUGCCAGCGAUGCUGAAGGAGACCUGCUAGAGUUCAAGGUCCUGACCCCAGACGUCCCUUUUGUCUUCGACAUGACCUCCUUGAGAGUGUCUCUGAUCAAUAUUCCGAUCAGUGAGUAUUACAUUAACCUGGUUGUCAGCAACAAGGAACCAGGCUUGGACUUUGAGACCAGGAAAAAUUUCGACAUGACCAUACAGGUCAAGGACAGAGAGGACGCUGUCACUGCUGUGAUCAAUGUCAAGGUCCUCAACGCCAACGACAACCCGCCCACCCUGAGACUGAACCAGGCCGACCUGGAGAUCAACGAGGAGAUGCCCAUAGGCACCCUGCUCAACUACUCCAUGUCCUUCUCGGACGUGGACGUCGGGGACAGUGUCUAUGUCGGUCUUUUUGGGGAUGAUGCCCAGAUUCUGAACAUCGACCCCAGCAGCGGGCAGAUCUCACUCAACUCUGUCCUCGACGUGGACCCCGGCACCCAGCUUCGAGUCUACAAGCCCAUCUUGUUUG